UGACUCGUGUUAUGAGUGUUAGUGACACCAUCAACAUUGUUUCUGUUGCCGCUUUUUGGCAUAUGCAGUAGACUUUUCACUCUAUCGUAGUUUUAUUUUCAAUUUAUUUUCUUUUUCAUGGUUUUCAAAAGUAAAGGGAUAAGAAAUGCAAAUGAGUGCGAUACAGGACGCUACAUGUGUUAGAAACCAGUAAAAAAAAAAUUACGAUACUGGGCGCUACCUGAGAUAGAAACCGGUGAACAAACAACCAAACAAAAACUAAAAACAAGAAAACAAAACAAAUACAGGUCGCUACAUGAAAUAGAAACCAGUAAAAAAAAAACAAUAAAAAAAACAAGACAGUUUUCAAAUAUUCGACGCUACAUAAAAAAAGAAACCAGUGAAUCAAAAAAAAAAAAAAAAAAAAACAGACUUUAAAACAACGAAAUCAAAGCCCACUUUCCCCACGGUGCCGAGCGCAACCGCUGACAUAGCCGGGCGGAGGGUGCCACGUGGGCGGAGUUCCGGAGUGCCGCCCGCGACCCGCGCCAUGAAGACGACCCGCCCACGAUCGCCGUCCCACGCGGCCAAAAACAAGACGCCGGAGGACCGAGUGUGGGAAUUCGGCUGCGUCCUCGGCGAGAGGAAUGGGCGCCUCCUCUGCCGCCCUUGUAACCUCGCCCUCGACCACACCCGGAGGUCCACCAUCGUCGAGCAUCUCAGGUCGAGAAAACACCAAAGGUUCGUGGAUGAAGUGGGUCUUUUGGAGUCUCCCGCGGCCACUGCCCCGCCCGUCCCCGCAUCGCUCUCCGGCCACACCACUAUCUUCGCCCCAGCUGUCAUCUAUGUGGGUUGGUAUCGCGAUGAUAGUUCUUAUGAGAGCCUACUGUUUUAAUUUGAAUUCUGUCCCCAUGUUCCUUCUGUAAAUAUGAAGAGGAACGAUAGGCGUUCGAUGUCCUCCGCCUUACGUGUUGUAUUGGAUUCGUCUGGUUAUGUUAAGGUGACGUCUGUGAGUGCUAUUUUUUUUAAAGGAUCUAC